AGUCAGAUUGUGAUGAAACUUUCUACACAGCUUAGUCUUGACAAUAGCUCGGUCGAGUUCGAAGAUGAAAAAGACCGGUCGAGCCGUUCCUGAGUUAUUGCAAAAAUACCCAUUUUCUCUAUAGCUUUCUGUGGAAAAAUGGACCCAUCGCGACUUUCGUGAACAACUUUUCCUAUUAUAGUCAAAUAAAACCCCAACUAUUAUAUACCAUUCGAUAGAGAAUUUCACGAGCUACAAAAUGGUAUGUAAAACAGAAGGAAACAAGAAAGCCAACUCAGCCAUUACAAAGAUAAUUAAACGGAAUUCGGUUCUGUUUUUGUCCACGCUCUAAUUGAUCCACAAUCAGAGCUCUAUCUUCCGAUCACAGAGAUGAUAGUUCGAGGUUUUCAGGUAUGGAGAACUCGAAUGUGUACUGCACUUCCAUCGGAAUACAAUUAGUUGAACAGUAGCCAAUAGAAAUCAAGCGUUUAUAGACAAAGUUUGCCAGGAUAAUUUUUGUCCCCAUAUUCUAUAACGACUCAUCUGUCUCAUUCACUUUUUUGAGGAAUAUCCUUUGACCCUCAAGCCCUAUAUUAUAGAGGUACUCUUAGGCCCUCAAGUCCUGUAUUUUGAAGAUAUCUUUAGGUCCUCAAAUUCUAUAUUCUUUUUCAAUGAUCAAGAUAAUUAAAAUGAAAUCAACAUGAAAAAUAAUGGCUUGAACAUACAUAGACUUUGUUUGUAAAUUUUUAAAUUAAUAAAUGUAAUUAAAAUAAUUUUAAUUGAUAAAACAAAAAAAAGUGAAAAUUUUCUAAUAAAAAGGUCAUAAACCAAAUGUACGACAAGAAGAAGAAGGUAUACAUAAAACUGAUGGAAGAGUAGCAAAAUAUAAAGAUGAUAUAUCACAUGCUGAAAAUCAACUAGCUGUUACAUUACUUUAUAUAAUUCAAUAUUCAAAACAAUCAUCAGUUGCAUAUAUUAUACUUGUUUGUGAUGGCAUUUGGGAUGUUAUAAAUAAUCAACAAGUUGCGAAAUUUGUUUUUUCAAAUAAAAUAUCAUCGAAUAUAUUACAAUUUAUUGUUUCACAAUUAUUAGAUGAAUGGUUAAAAUUAGAAACUAUGGAUCAUAUGAGUGUUUCUAUCGAUAAACUUUAA